GUGCCUGAACAGGUCUUCCUCCCCCAGCCCCAACCCUUGAGCCCUGCAGCGCCAUCAGCGGCAAUAUCUUCCUACGUGAGGGACGUCUCUUAUUAAUCAGAAACGCUGAAUGGAAACCAAUCAGACAGAGAGUUUCUUUGGCUUCAGCUUCCUGCCUGUCUGAGUUAAAAGUGAUGCUCGGAGAGGGAGGCACACUGAGAUGCAUGAAGCUUCAGCUGUGAAGAUACUAUAAAAAGAGAAGAGUAGGAACGAGACAGAAGCAACACCGGGAUUGUCAGUGCUGAGCAGGGCUAAACUCAGUUCCGCUACUAACCAAGGGGAAUUGGACAGUACAUUGAAUUUGAUAUCCUACUGAAGCUGCUUAUAAUGAGGACAUACUAUUGCCUAUCACUAUUCAUCUGGACCUAUAUGUUUCAUACAGUUGAUGCUAUUCCAUUAGAAGAAAAAGCUAGUAGGGAUUUGCCAAGCAAAAGGGUUGUGGAUCUGACAAAAGAUGAUAGUAAAAUGUUACAUCGUACCAAGCGUGGCUGGAUGUGGAAUCAGUUCUUCUUGUUGGAAGAGUACACAGGUACAGACACACAGUAUGUUGGCAAGCUUCACACUGACCAAGAUAAAGGAGAUGGAAAUUUAAAAUACAUAUUAACAGGAGAUGGGGCUGGCAGUCUGUUCGUUAUAGAUGAAAAUACAGGAGAUAUUCAUGCUGCAAAGAAAUUAGACAGAGAAGAAAAAUCCCUAUACAUUCUUCGUGCCAAGGCUAUAGACAGAAAGACUGGGCGGCAGGUGGAGCCGGAAUCUGAAUUUAUUAUUAAAAUCCAUGAUAUCAAUGACAAUGAACCAAAAUUCACAAAAGACUUAUACACUGCCAGUGUUCCUGAAAUGUCUGGAGUCGGUACGUCUGUCAUACAAGUGACCGCAACAGAUGCAGAUGAUGCCAACUAUGGAAACAGUGCAAAAGUGGUCUACAGCAUACUGCAAGGACAGCCAUAUUUUUCCGUGGACCCAGAAUCAGGCAUAAUAAAAACUGCACUACCAGACAUGAGCAGAGAAAACAGAGAACAGUACCAAGUGGUUAUACAAGCCAAAGACAUGGGCGGCCAGAUGGGAGGCCUUUCUGGAACCACCACCGUAAACAUCACUCUGACAGAUGUCAACAACAAUCCUCCACGAUUUCCCCAGAGUACGUAUCAAUUUAAUUCUCCCGAGUCCGUACCUCUUGGAACCUAUGUUGGAAGGAUAAAAGCCGAUGACCCUGAUGUGGGGGAGAAUGCUGAAAUGGAAUACAGCAUUGCUGAAGGAGAUGGAACAGACAUGUUUGAUGUCAUCACUGACAAGGACACACAGGAAGGGAUUAUAACUGUCAAACAGAAUUUAGAUUUUGAAAGCAAAAUGCUGUACACUUUAAGAGUGGAUGCAAGUAACACUCACCCUGAUCCACGAUUUCUACACCUGGGACCUUUCAAAGACACAGCUGUGGUCAAAAUAUCUGUAGAAGAUAUAGAUGAGCCUCCUGUGUUUAGUAAACUUUAUUACUUGAUAGAAGUAGAUGAAGAUGUAAAGGAGGGCAGCAUCAUUGGACAGGUUACAGCAUAUGAUCCAGAUGCUAUGAACAAUUUAAUAAAAUACUCCAUUGAUCGGCAUACUGAUAUGGACCGGAUUUUUAGUAUUCACUCCGAAAAUGGCUCUAUUUUCACUUUGAAACCCCUGGACCGGGAAUCAUCUCCUUGGCACAACAUCACCAUUACAGCCACAGAAAUAAGUGAGUGGGAAAUACAUCCAUCUGAACACCAAAGUGAUAACUCAAAACAAAGUAGCCACAUCCCUGUCUUCAUCAGAAUUCUAGAUAUAAACGACCAUGCUCCGGAAUUUGCCAUGUACUAUGAAACAUUUGUUUGUGAAAAUGCAAAGCCUGGGCAGCUGAUUCAGACUGUCAGUGUCAUGGACAGAGAUGAUCCUCCCCGAGGCCACAAAUUUUUCUUUGAACCAGUGCCAGAAUUUCCUCUCAAUCCGAACUUCACCAUUGUAGAUAAUAAAGAUAAUACAGCAGGAAUCAUGACUCGAAAAGAUGGGUAUAGCCGCAACAAAAUGAGCACCUAUCUACUACCGAUUUUAAUAUUUGACAAUGAUUAUCCAAUUCAAAGCAGCACCGGCACACUCACUAUCCGUGUGUGCGCUUGUGAUAAUCAAGGAAACAUGCAGUCCUGCAAUGCAGAGGCCUUGGUCCUCUCGGCGGGUCUCAGCACAGGGGCUCUGAUCGCCAUCCUUCUCUGCAUCAUCAUACUCCUUGUUUUAGUUGUGCUGUUUGCUGCACUGAAGAGGCAGAGAAAAAAGGAACCUCUGAUAAUUUCAAAAGAUGAUGUCCGUGACAACAUUGUGACCUAUAAUGAUGAAGGUGGUGGGGAAGAAGAUACCCAAGCUUUUGACAUUGGCACCUUAAGGAAUCCAGAAGCAAGAGAAGACAGUAAACUUAGAAGAGAUGUAAUGCCUGAAACUAUUUUUCAGAUAAGGAGGACUGUGCCUCUGUGGGAAAAUAUUGAUGUACAAGAUUUUAUCCAUCGAAGAUUGAAAGAAAAUGACUCAGACCCAAGUGCACCACCUUAUGAUUCACUGGCAACAUAUGCCUACGAAGGCAAUGAUUCCAUAGCCGAUUCACUCAGUUCUUUGGAGUCUCUCACAGCCGAUUGUAACCAAGAUUAUGAUUACCUCAGCGACUGGGGACCUCGUUUUAAAAAGCUUGCUGAUAUGUAUGGGGGUGAUGACAGUGACCGAGAUUAAGAGUAUCGUAUGACUUGAUCCAUGUUAGUGGAAGUACGCUUCUUGUUACUAGAUUGAGUGGCCUGCAUUCUCUUCCUUGGAGGAAAUUUUUUAAAAAUUGAAAUUACAAACAAUACGUAGGUGUUGUCUUAGUAAGGGUUUGCUUAAUCAGUAAGUUUCUGUGAAUGACUAUGAAUGAUAUAGAUUUUUAAAAAAGUAAUAAUAACCAGUUCACUCUCUUUGCCUAGCAAUCUCUGAACGAAAGUAUAUCACAUCAAUAAUCAAUACAAAUUACAUAAAAGGCUUUUUGUGCCUUUCCUUAAAUAUAAAGACUUUAUAAAUGUUUUCUUAACUGACUUAUAGUCACCUUUACUAUUAAACAUUGUGCAACUGCUUUGUAAAUUAAUAUGAAAAUAUAUCCCUAAAGAAAUAGGAAUGACUAUUACUGCCAUAUUUAUUUAGUUGAAGAAUGUCUUUGUGUUAAUUCAUUCAUAUUUUUAUAAAUGUAUAUUUAUAUUUUUGUAUUUUUAUGAAAUAAACUAGUAUUUAUAAAAAUAAA